GUGGCGGACAAUGCACCUUGAAGUUGGUUUGCCAACCGCCAUUUAAACAACAGAAGAAGAAGAAGACAUUUGUGCACACUGUGGACAAGAUGGCUGCCUCUAUGUGGCGGAUCAGCGGGGCGAUGAAUCGAGCUCUUUUUAAAGCUGGCUAUCCUCUUCUGCUGUCUUUGAGCCGAGGACAGGCCUCUGUAUCAUAUGCUCAGAGCCUGCUCGGAGUUUCAGAAACUCGGCUCACUACCUUGAGCAAUGGCUUGAGGAUUGCCUCUGAAGAGACCAACCAGGCCACAUGCACGGUCGGCCUUUGGAUUGGUUGUGGGAGCAGAUAUGAAUCUGAGAAGAAUAACGGUGCUGGAUUUUUCCUGGAGCAUAUGGCAUUUAAAGUAUACAUGAUGUCUUUACUCAUUCUCUCUAAAUUAAUGUUGUUACUAAGGCUAGGGUAUUGCUGCUUUACAAUAUGUGUUAUGAUGUGUGUCAGAAUUAUAUCACGGAAUAAUGCAUUAUAAUAUAUCGCUCAACAU